ACUAAGUUAACUAAAUUUAGUAAGGUUUGAAGUUCAGUAUAGCUAUUUUUGAAUCUAACCUAAACCCCCAUUUUAUCAGCAUAUUCCUGAAGGUAUACAAAACACAAGAAAUCAAUAUCAGUCAGGUGGGAGUUCGGUUAAUAAGCUGUGAAAGUUCAACAACAAACAAGCAAUUUUGGAAACGAGCUCAUACUUAUGUUGUUGUAGCACAAAUCAUGUAAAGACCAUUUCUGAAUAAUGUGCAUCCCCUGUGACUGGUUUCCUUGAAAUGUGCAUUGAAUCAGGAUGAUGCUCAUGUUUGUACAUGAAGCAAGGACAGUCAAAUGUUUCGGACAUCACAUUCAUGUGCUGAUCUCAUUUUGGAAUUUCUCCUGGAGGCAAAUGCCAGGUCACGUUCAAAGAGAGCAAACACUUCACCAUUGGCCUUGACAGCUGGGUUUCCAAGGUGAUGGGUUAAAUGACACGUGUAUGUGUGUGUAUUUGAAUGAGACCUGGUGUGUGUACAGAGGGCACUGAUCUCUUUGACCACACCUCUCCAUCUCCUUCAGCGAGCAUAAAAACAGCUGAGGUUCUCCAUGCACCUUACUUGCAUUCACUCUCCUAAACUCUCGCACAUCAACGCUUACGCGCUUGUUUGGAAACCCUUGAGAAGAUGCUGUGUCUCACUUCAACUCGUAGGCAGAAGAUGCCCAGUGAGUAUGAGUCGGUGCUGGAGAAAAUUCUCAUGGUGGAUCAAAUUUUGUCUGAGUUUCUUCUGAGUAAAGAAGAGCUUGAGGAGGUGAUGAGGAGGAUGCAGAGAGAAAUGGAGAGGGGGCUGCGUGUGGAGACGCAUGAUGAAGCUAGUGUCAAAAUGCUGCCCACUUACGUUCGCUCCACACCUGAAGGUUCUGAGGUGGGUGAUUUCCUGGCGCUGGAUCUUGGGGGAACCAACUUCCGGGUGAUGCUGGUGAAAGUGGGUGAGGAUGAGGAGCGGGGCUGGAAGGUGGAGACAAAACACCAUAUGUACUCCAUUCCAGAGGAUACCAUGACUGGUACCGCUGAAAUGUUGUUUGACUACAUUGCCGGCUGCAUAUCUGACUUCCUGGACAAGCACAAUCUCAAACACAAGAAGCUUCCACUGGGUUUUACCUUCUCUUUUCCAGUCCGUCAUGAGGAUUUGGACAAGGGCAUUCUGCUUAACUGGACAAAAGGCUUCAAAGCUUCUGGCGCGGAGGGCAAUAACGUUGUGGGUCUGCUGAGAGAUGCCAUUAAAAGGAGAGGGGAUUUUGAAAUGGAUGUGGUUGCUAUGGUGAAUGACACAGUAGCCACUAUGAUCUCAUGCUACUAUGAAGACCGCAGCUGUGAAGUUGGCAUGAUAGUAGGUACCGGCUGUAACGCGUGUUAUAUGGAGGAGAUGCGUACAGUGGAGCUGGUGGAGGGGGAGGAGGGCCGGAUGUGUGUGAACACAGAAUGGGGAGCAUUUGGGGCAAAUGGUGAACUGGAAGAGUUCCGUCUGGAAUAUGACCGUGUUGUAGAUGAAACGUCACUAAAUCCAGGAAAACAGCUGUAUGAGAAGCUGAUUGGUGGAAAGUACAUGGGAGAGCUUGUGCGUCUUGUGCUGCUAAAACUAGUGAAUGAAAAUUUGCUGUUUAACGGUGAAGCCUCAGACCUGCUGAAAACACGCGGUGCCUUCGAAACUCGCUUCGUGUCCCAGAUUGAGAGUGAUACAGGGGACAGAAAGCAGAUUUAUAACAUCUUAAGUUCACUGGGAAUCUUACCGUCUGAGCUGGACUGUGACAUUGUACGGCUGGCAUGUGAGAGCGUAUCUAUGCGAGCAGCUCACAUGUGCGGGACCGGACUCGCUGGCGUUCUCAACCUAAUGAGAGAACGACGUUGUCAGGAGGAACUGAAGAUCACAGUGGGAGUCGAUGGCUCUGUCUACAAACUACACCCUCGUUUCAAGGAAAUGUUCCAUAAACUUGUGUGGGAAAUGACACCUCAAUGCCAAAUUACCUUCAUCCAAUCAGAAGAAGGGAGCGGUCGGGGUGUGGCUCUUAUUUCCGCUGUCGCCUGCAAGAUGGCAGGAUGCAUGCUGACGCCAUGAUAAACAGAUAACCCGCAAUGUUUCUACACUCAUUUAGAGUGGCCUUGGGAAGACCCUUCUUGUGGUGAAAGUGCUUUUUUCCUUUGCACAUUGCAUUGCAUGUAUGAAGGAGGUGGUCCCGGGUUGUUUGGCAAUAGCGCAUGUGUACAGCCCAUUUAUAUUUUUAACAUCAACUCUCAAUGUAGUCACAUUCAAGUCGUGCGUUUCACCCACAUGAAUGAAUUUUUGGAGCAAACAUACAUAAUUUCGCCUAUUAUUUGCUGUUGUCUUGAGCAUAUUUUAGGUAAUGUUGUAUUAUAUUAAACACAUUGCCUUAUUUGGAAGUUGAGGAUGUUAAAUUGCUGGAGAAAAGAGGAAAGAAGAAAGUUGACAUCAUUGUAAAUACACUUGACCGGUCAGGUUCGUUACCAUGCACUGUUUAUGGCUUGUUAUGGCUUAUUUUUGAGGUUAUUAUGUUUAUAUUCAGUGGCAUUUUUAAUUUAACUAUUCAAUUAUGUAAUGCUUUGUACAUGUGGAAAUAAUUCAUUACUGUAAAUAAAG